AUGCGGAAGGCUUGCGGGGAAGAGAACUGCGACAGGCAUGCAUACUACGGCCUACCCGGAGGCAAGCCGGUGUUUUGCGCGCUUCACAAGGAUGUGGGGUAUGUCAACGUGCAUAACAAGAUGUGCUCCAGGCCGGGCUGCUACAAGAGGCCUCACUACGGAAACGUGGGCGGCAAGGCUAUCUACUGCGUUACGCACAAGGACCCAGAGAUGGUCAACAUCCAUGGACGCAGGUGCCAUCACCAGGGCUGCGGCAAGCAGCCUACGUUUGGGCGGAAGGGCCAAAAGGCAAUGUACUGCUCAGGCCAUCGGGAGGGCGACAUGGUGGACGUGGUGUACAAGCGAUGCGAGUAUCCCGGAGGCUGCGAAAAGCAGCACACAGGGCAGGCGGCUGCCAAGGACGGGCGCAUGUUUCUCUCGGCCGCUGCCGCCGCUGCUGAUUCUGAGUCGAAGCGAAAAUCUGGCGCUUGGGAUAUCGUAGCACCACCGCCGUCGCCCCAGUAG